GCGCUCGUGUCAGUGUUUUCCGUCCUCCCAAGGUAGCUAGCUAUCAUCGGGCGAAGCGACGCGAGACAGAAACAUCUAUCAGUCGCAGUCAAGACCGAUGGCGUCCAUCUGCGACUAUGUGCCUCCCGAGUGGUUCGAUAUGACAGGCCGCGAACGACAGGGCGUCGGCACAACGUUUCCCUACUUCCCCGACCUCUACAACGGAGCAUCCGACUACUACGGUCCAGGCACCUUGUUAGCCUGGUUUCUCCUUCUCGCCUCCUUCACUCUGACCUCUUUGUUCUGGCCAAUCACAGUUCAAGGACGUUCGAAGGUACGGCAGCCAAGAAUCACAGCAGACUUGAUGGCUCUACUGUUUUACGUCAUCUUUGCGGCGACGGACUUGCUGAUUCAGACCGUCGGCAUUCUGGGAUUGCAAGGCCGCGCAAAAGCCCUCCUUUGCCUGCGGUACCCACACUUCAAGAUCUGGCAGUCUGGACUUCCACAACUGGACAGAGAUGACAGCGACGGCGAUACCAGUCCGCUCCCAUCACUCGGCGACAUGUCGCCUGAGCUUGUGGAGUACGGCCAACGUAUCGUCGCACUCACCGGCCCCUUGGCCGUCUGCUGCCUCUUCGUCGCGGUCGCUUUUGUGUGGUACCACAUCUGGGACCAGCAGUGCAGAACGACAACCUCGACAAGACAGUCUCCAGGAGGGACCACGGUCGUGAAGUGGGAGCCGAACAUGUGGCUCAUGCGGCUUGUCGUUGGCGUCAUCGGAUACGUCUUGAUCGUUUUGUCCGUCCAUUACAUCAAUCUGGGCGCCGACGGCUUCGGCGAGAGCUGCAUUCUCGCUAUCCUCGAAUUCGUCUGGCCUUUCUACUUUACCCUUAACUGCUUGUUCCCCUUACUCCUCCUCGUGUCAUGCAGCACUCUCGCAUGGGGAGCCUAUUCCUGCGCCAUCGCGGCCAUGGCGUUGCUCUCCCCCAACACGAGCUCGAACACGAUAGUGCAGCCAGCACGGGCGUGGGGCUUCGCGCUGUUCGUCGGCCCUGGCAUGACCAUUGUCGCAGUGUCCGGGAUCUAUACGGGCGUGACCAUGACCAAUGCCACGCUGCUCACAGAUCUGGGAAAGCCUCUGGCGGAAAGGGGCCAACUCGGAUCGCUUCUUGCCGGUAUAGCUACCACGACGUUUUCCGUGUAUGAAGCUUUCAUAAGGAGAUGCCUCGGAUGAGAAGGCAGCGGGCCCUAGCACGGACAGCUGAGGACUUGGCAAGUCUCCUUCCGACGUAGGAGGACAUCCAUAGACCUUGAGAUCAUGGUGUUCUGCAUUUUGCAUCAUCACGAAGCCUUGUCUUAGGCAUAGCUGUGCAUAUACGGCUGGCUUCACUUUUGGGAUUCCCGUGUCAUUGUUGAACCAUUGGAGCGUUAGCGUUAGCGAAUCUUCCUCAUUCUCGAUGAUUCUUAGAUUAUAGUCGUAGCCAAGGUUUUCGUCCGUGAAAGGGAAUAUUAUUGAAGACAGUGUGGCAGAACGAGGUCAAGCUCGCUC